AUGAGACCCUCAGAUGCCUCCUAUUUUCCUCCAUGGGCCAAGGCAUGGAUGCGUUGCCGUUGCCUGUGCCUGGCCUCGGAGACGCAGAGCGGUGAGGGCCUGGAUAUGCGCUCGACCAAAGUCCGAGUAAACGACACUGAGCAUGGGGCCAUGGGUGUUCGUGACGAAAGACGGAAGAUGCAGAAACCCAACUUCCCUCUUCCCUUAUUCAGUCUUUUCGUUGGCCCCAACACCAACUUGUCUUUGAUCGGUCUCACCAUGGCCGUGAUCCAUCACGUUGCCUCAACUGAGACCCUCAGCGGACCGCGGCGCCCUGCUCGGCCCACUCCCGCUGCCGCAAACGAAGACGAUAGCGUCGAACUAAAACAUGGUCGUGCACCUCGAGGGGCGCGCUUGUUCCCGUUUUCGUCUCGUACUGAGCGGUCGAGCGGAGGUCAAUUGUCAAUCGUCCUCGCCAACUUCGAGCCCUCUCCUUUCCUUUGUGCUGCCGAGAAGGGGCCGAAAUGGACUUCGGAUCCCGACAAUCAUUCACUCCAUUUCACUUCAUACUCUCACUGA